ACUCAAGAUAGCUCGGGCGCUGCUUCCUGAGAGCGCUAGUCACUGCAUCAAACUUUGUUGGUGGUGGAAGUUUCCGAUCUUUCUUGGCGGAGCAACAGGGGUUUUUGAGUUUAUUCUUUCUCCUCAAGGGCCGGUUGGCUCCAGACUUGCCCCAGAAGAAAGAAGGAGGAGUGGGGAGGGAAAAAACAUCUUUUCAUUUUACUUUAGGAAAGGGAGCCCGGUCUCCUGGUUGUUACCUGGAGAUCGCGCUCUCUUCCCUGAGGCUGAAGCUUUCCGUGGCUCGACUGACUAUGUAUUUUUUUCCCUCUUAAAGUGAGAGAGAGAUUUUUUAAUAAAUUCUCACACAAACGUUUUUGUUUAUAUUGUUCGUAUUUAACAAGAAAGGGGGUCAAAUAAGUGUCCAAGAUGUCGGAGGUGGAUUCAGACGAGGCUCAGUUGGAAAUGGAAGAAUUUCCUGAUGGGGAUGAGGAGCUUUUUGAACAAACCUACAUUCCCAACUAUGGAACAAUGCCAGGUGAACAAGAGCAACUGGCAACUGAUUUGGGUCCGUAUAAUAAAGAGGCAACUUACUUAUUUGGUCCAAAGUCUGGGCUACUCACUGCGAAAGGUGCAAGAUUCAUGAGCAAAUACAUGGUUGAAUUUGAUGGUAAUGAAGACUCUGUUUUUUUUGCUGAUGGCCAACGUCGAAUUGACUAUGUAUUGGUUUACGAAGAAGAGCUCAGGAAACCGGGAGAUAAAAAGAAGAUGAGGGCAAUUCUAAGCAGAAAGAGAAAAAGAGCAUUCUUUCAAGCAAACUUGAAGGAGAAUGGAUUACAGAUUGAAGCAACGAGAUCGGUUUUGGACCACAAAUGUAUUUUUCUGAAACUCCAUGCACCGUGGGAACUUCUCUGUCGUUAUGCAGAAACCCUUCAUAUCAAACUACCUCUGCAGUCCAAUGAUAUGAAGCAGAGAACCUCCAGAUUCAACUGCAUCACCAAGAUUUUCUCAGUGAGCGAAGACAAAAUUCCACCAGAGCCUGAAUAUUUCACUGCACCAUUUGAGAUGGAGCAUAUUAACAGUUUUCAAACUGCCGAUCGUGAAUCCUUCUUCCCACCAGCUACUCGAAGCAGGAUAGUCAAGUACAUUCUGAAUCGUUGUGAAUAUAAAAAAGGAAACUCACAUAAGUUUGGUAUCACCAAACUUUUGGACUCAAAGACAUACAGCGCAGCCUAUCCCCUCCAUGAUUGUAAAUUCAACCAGAAAUCAUUAGACCCAUCUUGCCACAAUGACAGAUACCUUCUAUACGAGGAGUGGGCUCAUCCCAGAAACUUCUACAAACUGCAACCCCUAGAUCUUAUCAGGAAGUAUUUCGGAGAGAAGAUUGGAAUCUAUUUUGCGUGGCUUGGUUUCUAUACUGGAAUGCUGGCCAUUGCAGGAUUUGUAGGACUCAUGUGUUUUAUUUUUGGAAUACUGACUCUGGAUCGCAAUACUUGGAGUCAGGAAGUUUGUGAUCCUGAGAUUGGAGGCCGUAUGAUCAUGUGUCCCCAAUGUGACAGAGAAUGUACAUAUUGGAGACUCAAUAUUACAUGUCAGUCGUCAAGGAAAUUAUCUAUAUUUGACAACUAUGGAACUCUAGUGUAUGCAGUGUUUAUGGGAAUUUGGGUGACUGUGUUUUUGGAGUUCUGGAAACGCCAACAGGCAGAAUUGGAGUAUGAGUGGGACACUGUGGAAUUGGAGCAGGAAGAGCCACGCCGGCCAGAAUAUGAAGCAAAAUGCACUAUUCCAAAAAGAAAUCCAAUUACACAGGAAGAAGAGUUGGUUCCUUACUCAGCCUGUGGAAAAUGUAUGAGAAUAGUUUGCGGUGGGGGCACAGUUCUUUUCUGGAUCUCACUAAUCAUUGCCUCAGUAGUUGCCAUUAUUGUCUAUCGGCUGGCUGUCUUUUUUGAGUUCUCUGCCAACCUACGCAAAGCAAUAGGUGAUGACUUGGAACCCCUCAAAGAAUACCUGACUCCACAGAUGGCCACUUCUGUUACAGCUUCUAUCAUUAACUUUUUGUUCAUUAUGAUCUUGAAUAUGCUUUAUGAGAGAGUUGCAAUAUGGAUCACUAACUUUGAGCUUCCAAGAACACAGACGGACUAUGAAAACAGUUUGACUGUGAAGAUGUUUCUCUUCCAGUUUGUCAACUACUAUUCCUCCUGCUUCUAUAUUGCUUUCUUCAAAGGCAAGAUUGUAGGUUAUCCUGGAAAGCCGGUUUACUGGUUGGGACGAUUCAGAAAUGAGGAGUGUGACCCAGGAGGCUGCCUUGUAGAAUUAUCAACCCAACUGCUGGUUAUAAUGGGAGGAAAAGCAAUAUGGAACAACGUUCAAGAAGUUCUCAUUCCGUGGUUAAAGAAUCUUAUUGCUCGCUGUAGAAAAAAAUCAGAAGAGAAACUUCCCCGAUGGGAGCAAGACUAUCAACUGCAAUCCAUACCAAAGUUAGGCUUGUUUUACGAAUACCUGGAAAUGGUUAUACAGUUUGGUUUUGCCACCAUCUUUGUAGCAUCAUUCCCUCUGGCACCUCUACUGGCACUGAUUAAUAACAUCAUUGAAAUACGAGUAGAUGCAUGGAAAAUUACCACUCAGUUUCGACGGAUUCUGGCAGUCAAAGCACAGGAUAUUGGAGCCUGGCUGCCAAUCUUACAUGGAGUGGCUGUUUUUGCUGCUGUGACAAAUGCAUUGAUCAUUGCAUUUACAUCUGAUAUGAUUCCCAGGCUUGUUUACUACUGGGCGCUGUCAGUGCAACCCUUCGGAGAACAUAGCAGCCCAACCAUGCAAGGUUACAUCAAUACGACUCUCUCUGUUUUCAGAGUCACUGACUUCAGUAAUGUCAGCAAACCCAUUAGUUACCCUUUGUGGUUCGAUUCUGCAACUGAUACCACCUGCAGGUACCGAGACCUCCGAUAUCCUCCUGGUCAUCCUCUGCAGUAUGAACAUAGCCUUUACUUCUGGCAUGUUAUGGCUGCCAAGCUAGCCUUUAUUAUUAUUAUGGAGCACGUUGUAUUUACAGUGAGUUUCCUUGUGUCUUACUGGAUACCUGAUGUGCCAACACACAUUAAAGAACAAAUUAAGCGGGAGUCGUAUCUGACACAGAAGCUGCUGCAUGAACGUAAUCUUACAGGCUGGCACAAAAAAAUGGCAGCUACCUCCAAAAACCUAAUAAAGAAUCCAAUGAGCCUGAAGUCUACAGACAUGGAUGUAUAAAGCCUGUAAUUUUUAAUUUUACAUUUUUAAAAAGGGGUGGGGAGUUUCAUUCAUAGCUUGAUUUCCAAGACAAAUAUUUUUAGUUACAUUGUACAUAAGUCUGCAAAUGAGCUGUCUUACAGUUAGUUUGUUAUUUGACCCAUUGUAUUUUAUAACGUUAACACUGUGAUGUUGGCUGAAGAGGUUUCAGCAGUCCAUGCAAAUGGUCAUUUGCUGUUAUAGCUACAGAGGUUUGACAGAUAUGGCACUUCAAAUAUUGUGAAAAAUGAAACUGGAUUCUUUUAGAAUAAAAAGUAAUUGUAUUAAUAAAUAAGUAGUAACCUAAAUUUUCAGAUAAUUUUCAACUGAAAAUGGGGCAAAACUGCUACUGGCACUAUAGUUGGUAUGAUAAUUCGUCCUUGCAUCAUUCAGCUAUUUUGCAUGGGAGUAUUUCUUUGUACUGAUUUUGCAAGUAAACAAACAGUUCCAGAAGACCAAUGAUGCUUAAAGUAUCCUGCACUAUAAUAGUAUUCAUGGCAGAAAAAGUAUUCAGUGUAAGGGGUGAAGGAUAAUUGUAUGCUUUAAUAUAUUGAAUGAAUAGAAUAGAAAAUCUUGCCUUAAUCAAGCUUGUCUUUAGUCUUCUGACAUUGAAUCCAGAUCACAAGAUGAUGCUCAUGGAACUUAUGCUGAUAGCGCCCUCUAUCAUUCUAGAUGUCAAUUUGUCAUGGGUGUUCUCACUACUUCAGCUGGCAGAAAUUCUCCAACACCCACCCCUCAAACCUCCACCCCCCAAAAAACCUGAAUGGUUAUCCCUUUAAGUGGCUGCACAACUAUAAAUUUGGUAGCAACGUCUGAUUUCCUGCCAUGCAAUGGGCAAACUCCCAAAUAACACGUGAGAGCUCAAUAUGGUAACAUGGCAACCCCUGGAAUCACAAGUGGGGUCAGUGCACUAAAGAUCAGGUGAGUACUUUUCCUGCAACUUCCAGUCAAAUUUAUGCACAGUUAUAAGACCAUAAGUAGGAAUAAGAGUGGGUCAAAUAGCCCCUCAAGCGAUCAUGGCGGAUCUUCUACCUCAAUUCUACUCUCCCACCUUGUUCCCAUAUUCCUUGAUUCCCUUAGUAUCCAAAAGUCUAUCAAUCUUAAUCUUGAAUGUACUCAAGCAUCCACAGCCUCCUGGGGUAGAGAAUUCCAAAGUUUUUCAACCGCUUGAGUGAUGAAAUUACUUAUCAUCAUCCUAAAAGGCUAACCCUUCAUCCUGCCUCCUAGUUCUAGACACUGAUAUGCUAGUGUUUCUAAUCUAAUUGGGUAUGAAGGGGUUAAACCAUUCACCGACCACUACUCAUCAUGCUAGUGUUUUUCAAAUGAUAUUAAAACAGAACAAUAUUCCAGAGGAAAAUAUAUUUAUUAUGAAGUAUUUUCAUUCUAAGCACUACUUAAAAAUAUAUAUGUGUAAUCUGUCCUACCAGCUUUUCAAAGUGGAAAGCAACUCCCAUACUCUUGAUCUUUGCAUCAAUUCAUGUUCAGUUGGCUCAGCAGGGAUCAGUAACCUCACCAGUUCUGUCUGUGGGUCGGUCUUGAGAUCCAUAUUCAGCAAAAAAAUUCCAUAAGUGCCUAGCAUCUCAUUAAUUUGCAGCUAUCUCAGAAACAUGUGGAACUGAAUUAAAGGUUAGAUUGUCCUUAAAACUUAAAGAAAAAGGAAAACUGCUUGAAAAUAGUAACAUUUUUGUUUUUUUCAACUGAUACUCCAAGCAGUACCCUCUCCUAAAAUUAUGUUUGUGUAAAGUGGAGUAAUAGUCACCUAUUAAGAGCUGUAAAUAAUUUUAAAGGCCAAUUAUGAGAAACCUUAUCAAAAUUGGGCAUUAUUUAUACAAAUAAUUAAUUACCAUAGACUCUCAUUCACAGUUAAACAACAAAAGAGAAUUUUAAAAUUACUGGACAAGACCAUAAGAUUUCAGUUAGAUUAAAUAACUUUUUUUAAAAAAGAAAUGAAUCAAAAAGUUGAAUAAAAGCGUGGAGAUGGAUUUCUGAGAGGCUCUCCAACUUGUCCGUCAUAACUUUGACAAAAAACCAUGGAUAAACUGUGCAGUUUUUUUCAGAAUUAGUGCCAUCUAACAAAAAUACGUUUAAUGAGCGAGGGAACCUCCACGUAAAUUUCCCCCUCAAUACUUUUUACCCUCAAAAGAGAAUAUAAAUAGCUUUGCGAUUAUAUACCACCAAUAAUGUUUGAUAUAUUUUUCCACCUGUAUAACACUUAAUCCAAGUCUUUCAAUGGAAGAGUAAUAAAUGUGAUGAAAAUCAAAUACUGAUAUAGUUGUUCAAUAAAUACCCCAAUUUAGUGUAAAGAUCACACACAGCGACUGCCUUUUGGCGUGCAGCUGUAUUUGGGUACAAAGUAGCAACUGUCAGUUAUUCAUGUCAGGUGAUAUCAAUCAAUAUACAUCAGAACAUGAUGGAGAUUUCACCCAAAGCAAUGAGAGUAAUUCCAAAGACGUAUCUGUGCCUCCUGUCAUAGCAUUGAAUGCUAUUUAAGGUAAUGAGAGCUUCUUAGCACUAACUACACAAAAAGUCCAUUGUAUUCAAAGCCACUAGUCCAUGGUCAUUUUAUGGCCACCGUCCUUCACUAAAGGGCUUUUACAGUUCAGUCCAUCUCAUAGCACUCAUGAUUAAUAGUAUGUGUAAUCACUACUUUGCACAUAAUAAAAUGGAGAGAUUAUUUUAUCUAAAACAUUUAUCAGAGAGGAAAACAUAAUUCAAUGAUUUUAGUAUAUUUGUUCUGAAUGUCAAAAGCUGUACUAAAUAACAUGCACAGUAUUUGUGCCUUUAAACUUUAUUUUUUUCAAUGCAGGAAUCUUUGUAAAUAAUUAUUCUCCUCAAUUGUAAGUAUUUUCCGUAGAACUGGUAAUAACACACUUCCUUUUGAUCAUAACCUUGUAUACCCGCAGCAUUAAGAAACUAAGACAGUAAAUUAAGACAAAUUGAUAUUGAAGCAAAGCAUGUAUCAUUAAAAUAUGGUAGCAUAAAAAUAUUAUUGACUAAUUGGGAUUUCCUGUUAAACUGCAACAGCAUUCUAAUAUAUAUUUUCAUUCUUCAAUUCUGCAUGCUAUUUUAAAAUUUAAAGGAUUUUCUUCCCAUUGAAAUUAAUCUUCAAUCUGUCAGAUAUUUUUCUGUCUUACGGACUGAGGGAUUAGUAUUUUGCAGAAUACCAAUUAGACGGGUUGAGCACAAUGGAAAAAUGUUGUCUGCCAUUGGUUUGUCAAAUGUAUGUUUUCCAUUAUAAUUGUUUGGUCCAAAGGAUGAACUUUCAGUAAUAAUCAUCUAAAAGUACAAUUUUUUGAUUCUUUCUUUGGAUUGAUUAUCAGUUUGUUUGGUUCAAUCCACUUUGAUCUGAAAAAUUGAUUAUCCUGUAAAUUAUAAUCUUACUGUUAUCUAAUUCUGAAAUCUUAAAGAUAUUAAUUGCCAUUAAUCAUUUAAUUGUAAAUUCCUGACAUUUACUCCUAUAAGUUUUGAAAGUUUAAAGUAACUGUAAAUGUGUAUGCCUCGGUUCAUAAGAUUUUCUGUCUGCAAUACAUAAGGAACAUUUCUUUUAACUGGUGGUCACUUUUAGACAUGGGGCUUCCUUUGUGAGUAUUACAACUCACUUCAGUGUUUUCUGCAUUUUUAUGGUUGUAUUAAAUGCAAUUAUUGUAUACAUCA